AUGCAGAUUACCUUCACCCUCCUCUACUUGGUGAUCGUUUACUUCAUGACUUCUCAGCCGUUCUCGACGUAUCGAUUCGUGAUGUACUGCGUCAUGAGUGCGUACGUGUCCCUUAUCUCACAGACCAUGGGACUCAUCAUUGGUGCCAUUUUCAAAAUUCAGACGGCUGUAUUCCUGGGCCCGGUGUGCUCGGUCCCGUUGCUCCUUUUCUCCGGGUUUUUCCUCAGCGUAGAUGCAAUGCCAAAGUACCUGUCGUGGCUUUCGUAUCUCUCGUUCAUGAAAUACACAUACGAGGGGACCAUGUUCUGCAUCUAUAGCUUCGAUCGGGAUGACCUCUCGUGUAAAGAUCCGUAUUGUCACUUCAAGGACCCAAAGAAGUUUCUCGCUCAGAUGGACCUCAAUCACAACGUCUUCUGGAGUGACUUCUGGAUCCUUCUCGGCUUUAUGUUCGCCUUCCGACUUGCCUGCUACUUCCUACUUCGGUGGAGACUCCUCAUGCUUCGCUAGUGCCUGCCUGCCUAGAUCUGGUCCUUCUCCAGCAAGGGUGUCAUCGUGUGAUCGUGAUAUUCAAGACAGAAGCCAGCUCUGGUUUUAGCCGUCCUCUCGUUAUACGAGCCCUGGCUUCAGCCCGCCCGGUGACGAUGUCAGUUAUUUUAUCUCAUUGCACAAAGUAAUGUGAACCCGAGAACCAAAAAGGAGUCUGUGUUCAUCUUCAUCGGUAAUCAAGACAAUGUCAAGACCAGGACUUAACCAGGCACCUUUUCUACAGUCUGUGAUGCUCUUCAGCUUCAACCUGGUCCAUCGUUCUUAUUGUCUGUUUUUAGUUCUCUGUUGAGGGAUAAUGCUCUUGCCCAGUAGAGCCCAUACAAUGAAGAGUUGCUUUCCAUGUGAGAAGGCAAAGCACGGGGCUGUGAUAUGCCGUUAUUGGGGGAAAAAAAGAAUGAGCGCUCUCUCUCUCUCUCUCUCUCCUUCACUCUUUGCUUGUCUCACGGAAUAUUUUUCUAUAAUAUCCUGUUCUUGCGCCUAGUUUAUGUUACAUCCUUGGAUCUGGAUGGAUUUAUAAAGGUGGAUAUAUUGACACAUGAUAUUUUGUCUCCCAUUGACUAAAGAAUGAAAGAAUUGCCUACUCGCAAA